GCUCCGUCAGCUCUCUACUGCCUAGCUUCAACCGAGUGUGUAUUACCCAGUUUACCAACUCAACUCUUAAAGUCGCCAAAUUGAAUCUAACUAAGCCCUUUACUCUGACCCGCCUUUUCAAUAUCGCUAGCCGUUCGAUAUAUCAUAAUAUUCCACCUUUCACCAUGAACCAUUAUCCUGAAGUCUGGGGUCGGCCUAGGGAUGAUAUCUACGGGCCUUACAACCCCUCAUACCUUCAGACCACUGGGCCAAAAACCCACACUCAGUCUCCUGCUGUGACUGGGACGUCGGUAAUAGCGGUCAAGUUCAACGGUGGCGUGGCGAUCGCUGCUGAUAACUUGGCAUCGUACGGGUCUCUCGCUCGGUUCACCGAUGUCAAACGCCUGCGUGUAUUCGGCGACUCUGCUGUGGUUGGCUUCAGCGGCGAUGUAUCAGACAUGCAAUACAUCGAUCGUCUUCUGGAAUCUAUUGACAUCCGAGAAAAUUAUUCGACACAUGGUAAUAUGCUGAACGCAAAAAACCUCCAUACGUACCUUUCCAAGGUCCUUUAUAAACGUCGCUCCGAAUUCAACCCCCUCUGGAAUCACAUUCUCGUUGCGGGGUUUGAUGAAGACAAGAAACCGUUCCUCAGCUCAGCCGACCUUCUCGGUACUACAUAUUCAGCACCGCAUCUCGCAACUGGGUUUGGUGCGCAUCUUGCUAUCCCCAUCCUGCGUCGGCUGUUCCCUGAAGAGAAGCCCCUCGAGGAAAUCAGUAAGGGUGAGGCAGAAGCGGCUUUGAGGGAAUGCCUUAAGGUUCUGUGGUACCGAGAUGCGCGGAGUCUGGAUAAAUAUUCAAUUGCAGUGAUCACGGCGGAGGGAGUUGAGGUCAAGGAAGACCAAGUGAUCGAGGCCCAGAGCUGGGCGUUCGCUGAGUCUAUCAGGGGGUAUGGAGCUCAGGUUAACUAGGUAUAGCUUUGGGCAUCCGCAAGAAUUUUACUAGCAAAGCAUUACAAUUUUCA